CUCUAGCAUUUUCUGCUGCAGUUUCAUGAUUUAUUUGUUUUAAUUGUUUCUCCCAGGUUCAUAAAACUGGUCAGGAGCUUCCCAAAACUCCCUGCUUUACACAGUAAAUCCUGUGAACGCCUUUGGAAUUGCAGCACUUAAAAGUCGGAGCUAAUGCGGAAACGUGAACGCAUCACCGGCAGCUCAUUCAGAGGAGCCAGGCUCGUAAACAGCAGGGAGAAUGGCCGGGCUGUGGAGAUCCUACCAGGCCCUGAUGACCAGAUACCCCUGGAGAGUGCAGAUAGUGACUGCAGGGUCUUUGGUGGGUGUCGGAGACGUCAUCUCCCAGCAGCUGAUCGAGAGACGAGGACUGGCUCAACACAACGUGCAGCGGACGGCCAAGAUGAUGAGCAUCGGCUUCUUUUUUGUGGGUCCAGUAAUCGGGAGCUGGUACAAAGUUUUGGACAAACUCGUUGUCGGAGGAACUAAAAGUGCUGCGAUGAAGAAGAUGCUGGUCGACCAGUUGUGUUUUGCUCCGUGCUUCUUGGGAGCUUUCCUCGGUCUCUCCGGGGCUCUGAACGGACUGACGGCGGAGGAAAACAUCGCCAAGCUCAAGAGGGACUACACAGAUGCCCUCAUCUCAAAUUACUACCUCUGGCCUCCGGUCCAGAUCGCCAAUUUUUACUUCAUUCCCCUGCACCACAGGCUGGCCGUCGUCCAGAUUGUUGCUGUCGCCUGGAACUCCUACCUGACCUGGAAGGCCAAUAAGAUGUGAAGGAUGAUCACAAGUCUGGCCUGUUGUGUUGUUACUGGUGAUGAUGAUGAGGAUGAUUUUACACUCAUUUGCAGUGUGUGUGUGUGUGUGUGACAUGGGACGUUCUGGUCGAACUUUCUUUAGGCUACUUCGUCCUCUGAUAUUUCCAAUGUGUAAAACUGUGACUGAGUCACCGGUAAAGGUCGGGAGAAAGUGCUUGUCUACUCUCAAUGACACAUUCACACUUGAAAGUCAAACUCGCAGAAAUGUCUGUGAAAGUUUGUUAUUUAUGGAAAUGAGAUUUGGCAGCGCAGUGUAGCCACACAUACACACACACACACACACACACACACACACACUCAUACAUUAACACCUACUGGUUGAAAGGAAACUUUUCUUGUUUUACUCUAUUGUUAAUCACUUGUCUUUAAGGUUCAGUAGCAUCAUGUUUUGUUUUGUGAUGAAGGAAAUUUCUCCUUUUUCAUCUCUUUAAUCUAAUAAUGUAUCGCAGUUUAUAUAUUUUGUUUAUCCUCUUUCUCUUUUAAGACUCGACUGUUGUUCGCACCAACAGUCGAGUCUUAAAUACUUUUUGACUUGGUGCUUAAUGAUACAGAAAUUCCUUCAGUAUCAUGUUACGAAGGCGAGGUUAAAUUUCUGCGUAUCGAUCGUCUUAUCAAACACUUGGCAAGGAAGAAAAUGUCAAUCUACUCCCUUAACACUCAACAUUUCUGAAUUAUUUCAUGCCAAACUGCAUUGCAGUUUAAAUUCACCACUAAAGCACAAAACAGACCCAGGAAUCCAUAGAUACACUGACAAUCUCUGCUGGACUGUGGAUGUUUCUUUGUUUUUCACCGUACAUGUAACAUUUAUGCUCACUAUAUGCACAUUUUUAGUAAAUAUAUAUAAAGUUCUCCAUGA